UAAAAUAUGCAUGUGAUGCAGUUCGAUUAAUGAAUACAUUGACACAUUGCAUGAUUUCAUUGUUCGAUUGUGUUUUGUGAAAGGUGGGGAUGGAAAACCAUUUUUACAUUGUUGGCGUCUACGCAUUGAUGUCUUUGCACCUUUUGUUAGUCCAAGGAGCCAGACAGGGUCAAGAAAUAAAAUGUGGAGCGUGCAGGGCAUUAGUCGAUGAAAUGGAGUGGGCCAUAUCACAAAUAGAUCCCAAGAAAAUGAUCCAGACCGGAUCAUUUAGGAUUGAUCCUGAUGGCAGUCAGUCAGUAAGAGAGGUUCCCUUUUCCCGCUCUGAGAGUCAUCUGCUGGAACUGAUGGAAGAGGUUUGUGAGAGGAUGAACGAUUACGGUGAACGGCGGAAGACAUACGAGAGACAUGCAUCCCGUGAUGGCACUGCCAUGGACCUUUCUGAUGUGGCCUUUGACUCCAGAGUCAGCUCUAGUUUAAAGUUUGCUUGUGAAACAAUCGUUGAGCAGCACGAGGAUGAACUUAUUGAAUUCUUUGCUCACGAGACAGACAAUGUUAAAGACAAGCUCUGCAGUAAGAGGACAGGUCUCUGUGACCAUGCCCUGAAGAUACCUCAUGACGAGUUAUAACAUGAGCCGAGCACAUCAUGACAGAUUUACUUUCGGAAAACAAUGUUCUACUUCAGUAAACACACUGAUUCUCUUACUUGUUGAGGACGCUGAACAUACAGCGAUCUACUUAAGUGAUGUUAGGCCAACAUUACAUAAUGUACUUGACCCUAUGGGUUAACAGUUGACAUGUUCAACUGUAUUAAUGGCGUUACCAUCAAAACUGUUCAUUGUCACUAAUUAAAGCUGACUUUCUACAGCUAAAAAUUAGAUCUCUUUAUGAGUCUCUCCAAUGGCAUACUUUUAUAUUUAAAUGUCUUUGGAUGCACUUAGUGUUUAGUUUAGAAGAUAUCUUUCAGUUUAUUUAUUAUAAGCACAGAUAGAGCACCUCUGGAGUUCCUGGUUCUAGUGGUGAUGUUGUGUCUUGAUGGUUUUUCAGGUCAUGAAUCUGACCAGAUUACUAGUCCUUAAAUUUUAACCAAUUAGGUUACCACCAUUUUGUAUGGAAGUGAAUAUCAGUUAAUCCACAUUUGUGUUCACUUGUUU